UUGGGCCGGAAGGGAGCGUAGGCGAGGUCAGCGAGCCCAGCCCCUACGGGGAGACUAAUCCAAGGUCACUGGGAGAAGUAGCAGGAGGAGGCGCGGGGUCAGGAUUUGAACCAAGAUCUUCGGCCUUGGCUGAACUGGGGACGCUCGUGGCAGCCGCCCCAGAGACGGGGGCGGAAGCCAGCCACGAGGACCUCGGCGUCCCGGCCCCAUCCUCCGGAGAGAAACGGCCUCAGGCCUCCUCUUUCAUUCAUUCCACAGACACUGAGAGCGCACGCUGCCGGCUACGGCCUGCAGCGUUCCCUUUCCUCCCCUCCGCCUCUGCGGCACUGCCAGGCCAGGGAUGUCGUCCAUCCGCCAGCCCGCUCCUGAGGACGAACUGAAAGGUAAAUAUAUUGCUUCGACCCAGCGGCCAGACGGGACCUGGAGGAAGCAGCGUAAAGUAAAAGAAGGCUACGUGCCUCAGGAGGAGGUUCCUGUGUAUGAAAACAAGUAUGUCAAGUUCUUCAAGAGUAAACCAGAGCUGCCCCCUGGGUUGAGCCUUGAGGCCAGUGUCCCUACCCCACCAAGGCUCGAGGGGGGUGAGCCAGGCCUCUCUAAAACUGCCAAACGCAACCUCAAACGCAAGGAGAAGAGGCGACAGCAGCAAGGGAAGGGGGCAGUAGAGACCUUGAGCCGGACUCUGGAUAAAGUGUCUUUGAAGGAGCCGGCACAGCCGACCAGCAUUCCCUCUGGUCCCCGAGCCACCCCUGCGACAAACCCUGACAAACCGGAUACGCUCUCUGCCACCGAUAAAGCCAAGAAGAUCAAGAACCUGAAGAAGAAACUCCGUCAGAUAGUUGAACUGCAGCAGCGGAUUCAGACUGGGGAGAUCAGCCAUCCUAGCAGAGAGCAAUUAGAAAAACUGGCCAGGAGGGGGGCAUUAGAAGAGGAAUUGGAGGACUUGGAAUUAGGCUUAUGAGGCUCCUCACGGACCAGGAAUAGACUGUAGGAUGAGCCGUGACGUUCCCUCAGAGGGACUUGGGGACUGUGGCAGCAGUAGCAGCCAGGAGAGACUCUCCUGCUCUCUGCCCUCCUACUCUUGCCCCGCCGCCUCUGGCCCAGCCUUUCCUUCCAGAGCCUCGCCUCCAUUAAUCCUCACCUUGAGCCCUUACUUUUUGGACUCUACCCUUCCCUUUCCCUGUGUCCGGAAUCUCAGUGACUGUCCCAGGUACCACUCUUCCUGGCUUCGGGUUUUUCUUUUUUUAUUUGGGUGGUUGGGGAGGAUGGGUCAGGGUCUCAGGAAGGGCUGAACUUAGGGUGGGGAUGGGUGACCACAAACUCUUGGAUUUUUGGUUCCUGUUUAGUGUUUGGGGGUUAUUUCCACUCUACCCCCUUCCUUCCAACCCCUUCCCUU